GAAUAAUUGGGAAUGAACAAACUCAGAGAUCCUUUCUGCUCAACAGAAGGAAAGGGUCAGGUCUGCAGAGAUCUCACGAUGCCCUUCACUGAACUAGUUCAACAUCUAAAGUAAGAACUUGUAGCCACUGCUUUUCUCCUGAUCUGACUGGAAGGCUUUAGAGAUCACUUCAAAACAGAGAGAGAAGCAGGCCAAGAGACUAACAUAAGAAGACAGGCAGAAACAAACAGGAAUUGCCAGUGACAAAGGGGGAAUGAGAGAAAGCAAAAACCUGAACAGCAGAGAAGAAGGAUAAACCCAGAGGAGGACAGAAGAAGGUAGAGCAGGAAGAAGAGAUUGGAUUCAGCACACAACAAGGAAUCUGCUCCUUCUCCUGGUCAGUGGACUGGUGAGGACAUACUGAAACUAGAAAAGACAGGAAGAUAUCAAGCAGCUUGAGACACCAAGAGGCCACAGAACCACCCUACGGGGAUGCAUAACCCAGUCAUGAUCUGCUUUGUUUUAGGUUGUUUCUUGUGGUUCCCCCGAGUGAGAGGUGAGGAAGGCUGUCUCAACACUGAACUCUGUUCAGGUACAGAGUGGGACCGUUUGUGGUAUAUCUGGCUGGUGGUGGUGAUCGGUGGGCUGCUGCUCCUGUGUGGCCUGGUUUCCAUCUGCGUGAGGUGCUGUUUUCAUUGUCAUCAGACAGGGGAGGAAUCGGGUCCUCAGCCCUACGAGGUCACCGUCAUUGCUUUUGAUCAUGACAGCACUCUCCAGAGCACCAUUACCUCUCUCCAUUCUGUGUUUGGGCCUGCUGCCAGGAGGAUAUUAGCGGUGGCACGCUCCCACAACGCUGUGCAGGGAACACCACCCCUCUCAGCAUCAGACACUCCUCCAGUCUACGAAGAAGCUCUGCACAUGAGCAGAUUCACGGUUGCCAAGACGGGGCAGAAAGUGCCAGACCUGAAUCCAGUGCCGGAGGAAAAACUGCAGGCAUCUGCUGAGGGCAAGGAUGCACAGACAGCCCUCCCAGGACACUAGUGCCUGUUUUUACUGAAUGGCAAAUAAUAUAGUUAUGUGCAGAGACUAAUUCUUCUGAGCAGGGUUAGGAAUCAGAUUAACCUCCUUAGUCUAGUGAGAAAAGGAAAGAAAAAAAAAAAAAAAAGAGACCAAAAUAGUUUCAGAUCCAGCAUAUUUUGAUGGCUCCUUUUGACACCUCCUUGAAAUAUUCAACAAUUGGCCUUCCCCAUGUCCAUUUAUUACACACACACAUCAGUAGUAUCACCCUUUGCACAAACAAGCAGGCAGCAGGAUCAAGGUGCCGAGCCACUUUGCAGGCUAGUGACCUGCAGGGAGAUUGCAGAUGCUGUCUCAUUCUGUUUGCAGAGAGGUUUUCACAACACGGAAAAGAAAGACGUGUCAGAAGGUAUUAAUAUCUAAUAAUAACACCAAAGUUCUGGAAAGUGACAACCAUUUAUAGUAAAUUUAAAAUAAAAUUUAAAAAAAGAGCAGUGUAGGAAUACAAUCUGCAUGUAAACAAAAGAGAGCAUACAUUUGGUACUAUGUGCAGUAUAGUGCUCUGAAUGCCCUACAGGAUAUAUAGAAUGAAUGCAGACUGGUUCUGAAUAUGAUAUAUAGCAAUUCUUAAAUAGUAGUCACAAGCCCUUAUAUCUGAAUUUAAAAAAUGUAUGUGUGAUAACAGAUCAAACAAGGGGAGGAACAGGAACACUACCCCUGAAGUUCAAUCACAUUUUAGUUGUAUUCAUAUUUUAUCAUUUAUUAAUUAUUCCUAAUGUUGCUGUCAAAAGCAGAUCAAAUUAUCUAAGACCAUUUAAAAUAUUUAAGCCAUUUCUCAUAUAGAAAUAAUUUAUAAGUCUUUCCUGAUCGAUGCAAAUAUGUUGAAUCAUCCAGAAAUAUUAAUCAAACUGGAUGAACACAGCUAUGGACAAUCUGCAAAAUGUUUUCUUAGACUAGAUACUCAUGAGAAGGUGACUGUAUUGCCUCUACCCCAGAUUCAGCAACUGAAAACAUUAAAGCAGAAGGAUUUCCAAUAUCAGAUGAUAAGCAGUCAUGUAUUAACUGCAUGUAUAUGUUAAUGUUGAUAUAAUGCACGGGGCACGGAUAUCCCAUCUUUCUUAAGUGCCUGCAUGGCCCUUCCUACUGGAGUACCCAAAUUCUCACUGUGCUUAAUAUGCUGAUCGUCACAAUGCCUCUGUGAAAAUACAGAAAAUAUGGUUAUUAUUUUGUGGAUAAGGACAACAAGGACCAGGUCCCCAAAUAUGUUAACGAAUGUAACUGCUGUUGAGAUUACAGCCAUGGAAAAAUUUAGAGAAGGUUGAUAAGACAGCUUCAGGGAUAGCAUAAAGCAGAACUGAAAGACCAAAACACCUUUGAUGGUGUCCCAGACCUUGUCCAGUCACAGGAAUUAUGUAUCCAAGGGAAUUUAAAGAGGGUCUUGAUUUCCUAGGUCACAAAGUUCUUCCUGAAUUGCCUACUCAUUACCUAACUGUACCAUGAAUGAGUGAUAAACUGGAAUGGAAUAAAUAAGUAAGUGACAUGUAAGGUUAUGUCUCUUCUGCUAUA